GCAGGCUGCUAACUAAACCGAACUCAUCCUCCAUACUUGGAGGGGUUGUGCCCGAGUUUUGUGCGUAACUGUGCGUCUGACGUCACCCCCCUUAGUAACCCUCAGCGGCGUCUCCAGGAGAGAAGGCAACAAGAUGGGAUUGCUGUCCAUCCUGCGUAAGCUAAAGAGCACACCGGACCAGGAGGUUAGGAUACUGCUGCUGGGUCUGGACAACGGCGGAAAGACCACCUUGCUCAAACAGCUGGCAUCGGAGGACAUUAGCCACAUCACCCCCACACAAGGAUUCAACAUCAAGAGUGUCCAGUCUCAGGGUUUUAAACUGAAUGUCUGGGACAUUGGAGGCCAAAGGAAGAUCAGGCCUUACUGGAGAAACUACUUUGAAAACACUGAUGUGCUGAUUUAUGUCAUUGACAGCGCUGACAGAAAGCGAUUUGAGGAAACUGGUCAGGAGCUGGCCGAGUUGUUGGAUGAAGAGAAGUUAAGCGGCGUCCCUGUGCUGAUCUUUGCAAACAAGCAGGACUUGCUGACAGCCGCCCCGGCCUCCGAGAUCGCAGAGGGUCUCAAUCUGCACACCAUCCGGGAUCGCAUGUGGCAGAUCCAGUCCUGCUCCGCCCUCACUGGUGAGGGGAUUCAGGAGGGUAUGAAUUGGGUCUGCAAGAGUGUCAACUCCAAGAAAAAAUAGUUUCGCUUCUAGUCUUCUACUACUCAGGAGGAACAACAAGAGCAGCAGCAGCAGCAGCACCACCACACAUACACUGACACACACUGCACCCUCCUGAGCCUUAGUACGAUGGGAUAUACCUGUGAAUGUAUACACACUACUAAUCCAACAUGGACUUGGAGUUUUUAACGCCCCCGCAUUCUCGUAUCACUGAUGUUUACUAAUCUCAACACAUCUUCCUACGUUGGGCUCUACAGAGAGCUGGGACUUCAAAGGGAACUCAUGCCAGGAAAUCAACCCCCCUCCACCCAGACUACCCACGUCACCAUCGCUGUCCCAGCCAAUCCCUGCCACCACCCACGGCCUGUCAAAACCUCAAGCAUUCCUGUUAAACUGCUGUCCUUUAUUGGAAUUCCAGCAUGUUCUUUUAAACUCCUUUUCACACCUCUUUUUUCCCUCCCAUCAUUUCAUUCUUACAGGUUGAAAUGUGUUGUUGUUGUUGUUGUUGUUGGGUUUUUGUUUUUUUUUUUAAAUCAUUCCAAGAUCGCUGUAAGCGCUUUUCCUGCUCUGUUUGAAGUGAGGUAUAUUUUUGUAAUUGUUUUAUUUAUGGUGAAGUAGAGUGUAGAGUGCUUUCCAACAACGACUGGUGUGGCGUGUGCGAUUUCAAGGAUGUUGGAGAAACGGUCCAACUCUCCCCACUAAAUAAUACUGUACAUGUUAAUAUGUAUAAAACAAAAGAUGACGCUAAAUUGUGAAGAGGAACUACGUUUCUGGAUCAAAUGUAAAUAGCUCGACUCUGUGUUCAUAUGUUAUAUUAUGCACAUGUUAUAGAGUAUAAGUCGCGCUGCUGUACUUUGUAGUCUAUAAUGUUUGCAUAUCUAAUAUUUGCUGGCAGAUUUUUAACACAGGUAUACGUACUGUACGUCCCAAUGCAUUUCUUUGUGCUCUUUGGUUUAGUAAAGGAGUUCACCCUUUUGGCAUUUCCUUUUGAUAUUCUUGAAUGUAAUCUGUCCAGAACUGAAGGUACUGUAUGUGAAUAAAAAAAAAGAUGAGAAAAA